AUGGCGAAUGCAAGCACAGUUUAUGUUAUCACUGGUGCCAACCGUGGCAUUGGUCUCUGUAUGGUGCAGAUUCUUCUCGCGCGUCCGCAGACAACUGUCAUUGGCACGGUGCGAUCCGACGACGGCAGAGCUCAGCUCUUGGCCGGCUCGGCCGACGUGGUGCGCGGCGCAGGGAGCAAGCUCAUCAGCGUUCUCGUCGACUACGCCGCUGGGCUCGAGUCCCAAGAUAUCACGAAGGCAUUCAGCGCGGCGCUGGCGGGGAAGGGCGUGCGGCAUGUUGACGUGCUCGUGGCCAACGCCGGGCACACGAUGGUCAUGGGGGGGGUGCUGGAGACGACAGCGGCGCAAAUGCGGGAGCUGUACGAGAUAAACGCCAUCGGGCCGCUGGUGACGCUGCAAGGUCUGUGGCCGCUGAUGACGCAAGGACGGGUCGGGCAGGGCCGGCCGGGCAAGGGUGCGUAUGUACUGGUCAGCUCCUCGGUGGGCUCGAUCGGUAUGAUGGAGCCCGUGCCGGGUGGCGCGUACGGGCCGAGCAAGGCUGCGGCCAACUGGAUCGCUAAAGCAGUUCACGCACAGCUGAGCGGCGGCGACGGCGGCGCGGGUGGCGUGGUUGGUGUUGCCGUCCACCCGGGCUGGGUCAAAACUCCUAUGGGCGACACGGCGGCCCGGUCAUGGGGUAUGCCGGAGGGCCAGGGGCCGACACGUCGCCCGGAAGACAGCGCGAAUCAAACUGUUGCGCUUAUAUAG